AAUAUAGUGAUUUCACACGCUACCGAGAAGUAGAAAGAACAAAACAAGCAUGCUGUCAUGCAUGUUAUGUAUUAGAAGUUCACGCACUGUAGUUUGAAAGACACACAACGUCUCUAAACAAACAUGGCUGGGAAUAUAAAAGAUAAAGAAGCAUAUCAACGCCUGAACUACCUCUACCAGGCUGCUCACUGCGUUUUGGCUCAAAAUCCAGAGAAUAUUGAACUGGCAAGAUUUUACUGCUUCACCCAGAAGACCAUCUCCAAACGACUGGUGCUCAGACAAGACCCAUCAGUAAAGAGAACCAUUUGCAAAAAAUGCUGUACCUUACUAAUACCAGGUGUCACGUCAACAGUACGACAAAAAAGAGGACCGAGACGACAACGUAAGACUAUUGUGCGAUGUUUAAGUUGUGGACUGACCAAACGGUUCCUAAACAACCCCAAACAUAAACUGUGGGUGGAUCAACCUGAGGCUCAACUAGAAAACCAGACUUCACAAGAUGCUGGUCCUUCAUCUAAAUCCACGACCCAAGAGAAGAAAUCUGAUAUUGGCUCAGUGUCCACAACAGCGAAAACUUCAACUACAGCUUAAACAAAUCUGACUAAACCUUCUUGAUGCUCAUUUUAAGAAUCUGUACAUAUAGUAAUAUAGUUCAACGAAGUCAACUUUUGGGGUUAUAUUUUUAUUUUAUUUUAUUUUUAACAUUUUUGCAUCGUUCAGAUUUGUUUACAUGU